AUGGCGGCUUCAGCAUCGUCUUCUUCUUCGGGGGCGAAGUCCGUAUUCCAGGCGCUGAGGAGGUUCUUCAAGAAGCCUUGGGAGAUCACCGGCCCCUGCUCGCACCCCGAGUACAGGAACGCCGUACCGGGGGCUCUGGAGUACCGGAGGUUCUGCCCCGCCACCGUCCCCGGCAGGGCCAUCGUUCCCACGUCCGAUCCAGAGACGGUGUUCGACAUCAAGUACCACACCCGCGACCAGCGGCGGAACCGGCCGCCGAUCCGGCGGACCCUGCUGAAGAAGGAGCACGUUGAGAGGAUGAUGAAGGAGAAGGCAUUUGCUGUGGGAGAUUUCCCCCCGGUUUACCUCACUCAGUGGGUGGUGGAGGAUGAAAACACGAAAGGGGGCGGAUACCAGUGA